AUGACUAUCGAUAGAAUAGAGAUACCAUAUUCGGAAAAGGGUAUAAAAAAACAUAUUGUUAAAAUACCACCAAACGUAUCCAAAGUUAAACUCAUAAAUACAAUCCCUGUUGCAAGACCUAAAAAAAUAAUAAACCAACAGAAAAUAAGGUAUCCCAUACCUUUAGAACAAAUCGAUGACGAACAAACGAUGGAUUAUGACGAAUUUAACAAAUCUUUUAAUUAUGAUCCAAAAGCUAUAAAAAGAAAUUUUAUUGAAACACCAGAACAAGAUUCAGAUUUUAUAGAAAAUAGAGAGUAUAAAAAUUUUGGUACCCUUGCAACUCCACUAAGACAGCCAGGACGAAUGACUAUAAAAAUGAAAACAAAUUUUCCACAGGAAUCAUCUUCCAAUGUGAAAAAUAUUUUUGAAAUAUAUAAAAAACCUAAUAAAUAUUUAAUACCUACCAAUUCUUUUAGACCAGAUAAAAAUGAUUUGAUUUUUUUCGAUAACGAACCUGCAGAAUCUCUCAUGUACAAAAACCACAUGACAAUGUCGAAUAUUAGAAAUCACAAUAUGGAGAAACAAAUUGUUGGAAAUAUAUACGAUUCCAAUUAUCGUUCACCUUUUUCAAUGAACGUUCCACCACCACCAUCAAAACCUAAAAAAUUAAUAAAUACUCAAUAUACGACACAUAAUCCUCACGUGGCAACUAAUUUUGGUCUUUCGGGAUUCGGGAAUCAUUAUCUUUACAAACCUAAUAUUCCAUUUUCGGAUUCGUCAUCCAUUUUGAAAUAUGGUUCAUCAAUGAACGUUUUAAACGCCAAUCCAUUGUCUGUUUCUUCUUCAAAUCAAAUUUUAAAAUCUGUACCUGUACUUGCACCUGGUAUAAAAGUAAUUAAACCUCCUAAUUUCAGUGAAACUUCAAUGAAAAACCCGGGAAAUCCGUCGAAACUUCUGAGUACAUCGUGGCAGCAGCAGCAGCAGCCGCCGUCGCCACCGCCGCCGGAACAAUAUUCAAAUCAAAAAGCAACGAUUCGUGAUAUUUUAAACCCCGACUGUCCGAAUCAUGAAAAGAAAGGUUUUUGUGAAUCUCCCCCAAGAUAUCCGACGCAUCAAAUCGGUACAAUUGUUCAAAAAUGCGUGAAAUUAUUGGAAGCUAUGAGUACGCAAAAUUUAAUUGAUCAUCAAGAUUCUAUGCAAUUUUCCAGUAGAUCAGAUGUUGAUGAUAAUAAUAAUACAUUGUCGAUAACGGACGCUGAAAAUGAUGAGCAUGUCGUACGUAAAAGAUCGACUUUGAAUGAUGGAAUACAAGCAUGUCAAUCUGAAUUUUCUCUCAUUGAACCUGGAUAUGCAAAAGAAGUCACAACAGGAAAAUGGUUUGUCAUUGUUCAACAUUCAGAAAUGUCGCAACAAAGAAUUACAGCAGACACUUGUAAAAACCCUGGAAAACCCUGCAGCGGUUUAAACGAAAUGAAAUGUAUUAAAAUGGGAAAUUUAACAAACAAAACAACAAAAUGUGUUCAAAGAUUUUCAUAUCAUCGUCUUAUAAGUUGGGAUCCGGAUGCUCCGGAACUUUGUCCAAGAAUGAGAAUAUUCAAAUUUCCAUCUGCAUGUGUUUGUCAUUUGGGAGUUCCAAUGGAAACAUGAAAUAUUUAUUAUUCUCUCAUAAAAGACUCUUAAAAAAAUCUAGUCAACUAAAUACUGUAUUAAUAAUUAGAAAGUAAGAUAAUUAAGCUAAACUUUUUUUCUUUUUUUUUUUUUUUGGGGUGUUAUCAAU